CAGAAAGUUCUUUCAUAUUAGAUGCCAUUUUCACUACAAACCAGCAGAAUGAUAGUCGCUUUUUUGACUUGCGCCGCCAUUGCGUCUAUAGCAUACGGUGGCAUUUCUGACAAGUGUCUGGGAUGUAUUUGUAGGGUUGAAUCUGGCUGCCGACCAGUUGGCUGUAAGUGGGACGUCACCUCGUAUUCCUGUGGAUAUUUUCAAAUCAAAUACGGUUACUGGCAGGACUGCGGCCGACCUGGGAGUGGUUGGAAAGAAUGUGCCAAUGAUUACAACUGCGCCGCUGGAUGUGUGCGCGCCUACAUGAAUCGCUACAUUGGUAGCAGUGGUUGUCCUGCCAACUGCGAGAGUUAUGCGAGAAUUCAUAACGGCGGACCAAGGGGAUGUAGAAAUCCUAAUACCGUAUCCUACUGGAACCGUGUCCAGCAGCAAGGAUGUACGCCCUACAGCCAAAGUCUUGACUUUGUUCCGCGUCGAUUGGCAUCAUAUGUUUCAUGGAAAUACCUGUAUACAAAAAAGUAAAUACAAUGUAUACCUGAACAGAUGGGUUCAAUAACAAAAAUAAAGAAAUAUUAUUUGAAAA